CUGAUCACUCCAACUAUGGCGCUGCACAGAGACUCCUACGUUGUACUCAAUGAUGGGCACAAAAUGCCAGUGCUUGGGUUUGGCACCUUUGUCCCCGGGAAGCUCCCCAAGAGCUUGGCAGAAGAAGGCACCAAAGUGGCCAUUGACGUUGGAUACCGCCAUAUUGACAGUGCAUUUUUCUAUGGGAAUGAGGUGGAGGUUGGACGGGCGAUCAGGGCAAAGAUUGCGGAUGGUACCGUGAAGAGGGAGGACGUGUUCUACACUGGGAAGCUCUGGUGCACAUUCCAUACCCCCGAGAGGGUCCGUGUGUGUCUAGACAAGUCUCUGAAAGAUCUGCAGUUGGAUUACCUAGAUCUUUUCAUCAUCCAUAUACCAGUGGAGUUCAAGCCCGGAGAUGAUCCCUUGCCAGUGGAUGAAAAUGGAAAAUGUAUUUUCCAUAACACGGACCUUAGAGAUACAUGGAAGGCUCUGGAAAAGUGCAAAGACGCAGGGCUGGUCAGAUCCAUCGGGGUGUCCAAUUUUAACCACAAGCAGCUGGAGCUGAUCCUCAAUAUGCCUGGGCUGAAAUAUAAACCCGUCUGUAACCAGGUGGAAUGUCACAUUUACCUGAAUCAGAGCAAACUGCUGGAAUUCUGCAAGUCCAAGGACAUCGUUCUGGUGGCAUAUGGUGUAUUGGGGUCCACCAGGGAUAAGAAGUGGAUAGAUCAGAGCACUCCUUUUCUCCUGGAAAACGCCGUGCUGAAUGCCAUCGCCAAGAAGCACAAUUGCACCCCCGCUCAUGUAGCAAUGCGGUACCUGCUCCAACGAGGAGUCGUCGUCCUUGCAAAGAGCUUCAACCCAGCCAGGAUCAAGGAAAAUUUCAAGGUUUUCAACUUUCAGUUGGACGAUGAAGACAUGAAAACCAUUGAUGAAAUAAACAGAGACUUGCGCUAUCUCGACAUUACUGCGUGGUCGGACCACCCGAAAUAUCCAUUCCAUGAGGAAUACUGACAGAUACGAUUCCUGACUCUCCCACUGACAGAUACAGCCAUCUUUGCAUUGAGCAGAAGAUCCACAUUUGCUACUGCCCUUCCUUCUCUCCCCAUUGCCUGGAUAUUAGAGAAGCAUUUGCUGAAUAUCAUCAUCAGUCUCUGAAACCACCACUGUGAUGGACAGGACCAGGUUUAAUAAAAUGUAUCAGCAAGAA